UAGAAGUCAUGUUCACAGAUGAAGCAUGGACUGCAAAUCCCAGACAACACAAGGCGCCAUUGCCUGUGUUGAGGGUAGAGGAGACUCCUUUCAGCAACAUUCUUCUUUACCCAGUCUUCUGUUAGGGCGAUAUCAACUACAUUUCUGACUAUUGUCGUUAAAACUUGCGUUUGCUAUCAUUUCAGAUAAAUAGUAGUUUUGUCUUUUCUAAUUGGGCUCUCAUAGGGAGUUGGAAACUACUCGCGUACUCGGUAAACAAGAUUUCCGUUGGUCUGUAAGGUAGAGCUUGUUAGCUAGUUUACAUUAGCCAGCAGCUACCCGUAGAUUUACGGCUUAUAACGGUGGCUGCCCUGUCAGGUAGAUCAACUAAAGACGCGCUGGUCCGCCACAAUGGUGUGGUCAGUUCAUCAAUUUCAGAGUGUUGACAUUAGUGAAUAAUUAAUCUGAUUUGGGGACAAAUCAACGCAACCUUUUUGUUCGUCUUGUGCGCAACUCGGCUGGUUUGGCCUGUUUCAUUGUCUGCGAACAUCGAAAACAGACAAGUGUUUUUGUCAGUAGGUUGUUUGGCUAGUGAGGCUAGCCGUGUUCGUGUAAACAAAACCGUCAGCUGUCGACUCCAGGUAAUAUUACAACAGAACUACCUAUUCCAGUAUGGCACAUCACGAGCACUCUCAUGUAGCCAGUUCACAGAAAGCACUCAUGUUGGAGAUGAAGAGCCUUCAGGAGGAGCCUGUCGAGGGAUUCAAAAUAACACUGGUGGACGAGGCUGAUAUGUACAACUGGGAAGUGGCCAUUUUCGGACCCCCAAACACUCAUUAUGAAGGGGGCUAUUUUAAGGCUCGGAUCAAGUUCCCCAUCGACUACCCGUACUCCCCACCUGCCUUCCGGUUCCUUACCAAGAUGUGGCACCCCAACAUCUAUGAGAAUGGAGAUGUGUGUAUUUCUAUUUUGCACCCUCCAGUGGACGACCCACAGAGCGGAGAGCUGCCUUCAGAGAGGUGGAAUCCCACCCAGAAUGUCCGGACCAUUCUGCUGAGUGUGAUCUCUCUGCUGAAUGAACCCAACACCUUCUCUCCCGCCAAUGUGGACGCCUCCGUCAUGUACCGCAAAUGGAGGGACAGCAAGGGCAAGGACCGGGAAUAUGUAGAGAUCAUCAGGAAACAGGUAUUGGCCACCAAGGCAGAAGCUGAGCGCGACGGCGUGAAGGUGCCCACCACACUGGCGGAGUACUGCGUCCGCACACGCGCCCCGGCUCCCGACGAAGGCUCCGACCUCUUCUAUGACUAUUACUACGACGACGACGAUGUUGACGGGCGAGGACGGCGACUGCUGCUACGAUGAAGAUGACUCGGGCAACGAGGAGUCGUGACAAGAUUUUUUGCCCGCAUCCUCAUUCUAGCUGACGUACGCUACCCGUUUUUUCUGUCUGGGUUGCCAGAAAGUCUUGGUCAACAUGCAACCAAGAAAGGUUUAAAGCUUCCCACUUCUAAACCAAUGAAAAGAGCAGUUUUUUCUUGAGCCUCUUAUUUUCAGAGGCGAUAAUCGAUGCACCGUUGUGGAAAGGUCAGACCUGGUCAAAUUUGCACCAGCACAAAAGUCACCAGUUUCUUCACACAUUAUUAAUUUUCAUUAUCACCUAAAACCUUACUUUGAGAGAAUAUUACUUAAUUCUAUUGAGUUGUUCAGUCCCCUGUAUGGUAUAUAGUAUUGUGGGGUUAAUACCACUUUUUAACAAUAGCAACAUUUGCACUUGUGCAACUGCAAACACUUCCAAACUGUUCUCAGCCUCUCUCGCAUAUCUUUAUUUCCCUAAUUGUAACUGGCUGUUGCUCAGCAGUAGUUGGUCUCAGUGACUGACAGAAAAUUGAGGACUUCAAUCAGCCUGUUUGUAACGAAUGAUCUACUAGAAAUCCAUUAAAUUUCACAAUCUGUCUUCUUCGAUACGACGGGAUGUCACGGGACAAUGUUUUCAAAGUUCUUGUGCAUGCCGGAAUAUCAUCGGAAGCUUUUUGUCCCUUUUACAGACGGUCUGUUUACCUACGUCACGAUCCAUUUUCAGCUCGGGGAGAAGAAAUAGUUGUGCUGACUGAGAUCCCAGAGAACUUUGCAUCUGGAGGACCGGCUUGCAAGCUGCGUCAGUGCGUCAAAUCCUCAUGUGAACAGUUUUGGUAACAAGAAAUUGAUCUUUUGCUGUGUUUCUUCUGGUUACUGUGGGAUGUGUUUCUGUGUCAUUUUGAGUGUGGGGUUAUGUUAUUUGAAGUAGCUCAGAUUUAAGAGUUGUGUAAGUUUUUCAGGGUCGGCAGAACUAAUUACUGAUCAGAAUUGUAUUUUCUCUUCAGGUUUGCUCUCUGAGAGGCCUGACAGAGCCAAAGACGUAAAGCAGUGUAAAAGAAAACCCAAAACAUUUUCUGACUGUUUGUAUUCUUGUCUUUGCUCUCACGCAGACUUUGUUAUUUUAGUCUCUUUCUUUGGUUAGACAUUAUGCCUGCAAUAUUUUGCUUCAGAAUGAUUUAUGUGAUAAGAUUAUUAGGUUUGAUUGAUCUUUAGGAAAAGUGUCUGUCAAAAGGUGUUGUUGCAGUUUGUCAGGAUUAUCAAAGUUUUUCAGCCCCGGAAGUGAAAGACGACAAGGCCGCCAUGUUUUAUUUUCAUUUCUAUCUCAGUGUCAGCGGAGAGUAGAAGAGUUUUGAUAUCAUUUUUAGAGUGCAUGGGUCUUCUCUGUAUUUUUGCAUCAGCAAUAUUGAUUGUUUAAUUUACUCAAAUUAGGAUUUAAUACUGAAUUUCUCAGGAUAAUGAAUUACAAAUGAAAAAAGAAUUAAGACAAGCAACUAUUUUCCUCUUUUAGGUGGUCUUCAGAGUUGGUUCACAGCUUCAGCAUAACUGAUAUGCACAUGUAGCUGUAUAGAUGAUCGCCGUAUUGUUUUAUUCACCUGUGUUUUAUUUUUUAUUUUUGGCUAUUUAAAACUGAAAAAUAAAGAUUUAUUGGGAAAAACAU